AUGGAUCAGUGUGAGGACAGAGAGGAGGGAGUCCCUCCCUCUAAAACCACUCAAAGGAACCAACCUGGGCUUGAACUUGGACCUGAACCCGAGCUUGAGCCUGAAACCAGCUGCGUGUGCUUACAGUGCAACUGCUUGAAGUUUUUUAUUUGUGGAUUCACAAAAAGAAGACAGUUAUCUAAGAAAGAGAUCCAUCAGGGACUUAGCACUGAACCCAGCUUUGUGUCCUUAAAGAGUGACUGGUGUGAAAGGUGUUCUAGUGGUUUUGAAAGACAAGAACUGUCUUCUGCAGAGAGAAAUAUGAUAAAAGAGAAGCAGAGGGAACCAUCAGCCAAAACAGCAUCAGCAGAGGAGGAGCUUGCCAGGGUACGGACAACCUUUGUGUGGAGGGUCUCACCAGAAAUUCUUAUACAGCUGCUUGAGGCCCUUGUAACAGAAAGUGUCUUCAAUGAUUUGGAGAAAGAAUCGAUAUUGGAGGGGAACCCUAUUAGAGCUGAUAAGGCACGUUGCUUUAUUGACACAGUGAGGAAAAAAGGAGACAAAGCAUGCAAGAUAAUGAUCAGACACCUUCAGACCAUAGAUCCUUCUCUCUUCUUUCAACUGCAUUUAUACUCUGAUCCAUCUGCUCUGCAAGAUGCUCUUCAGAAUUGUCAGCCUAAACUUAAGUCCAAACUGAAGAAGAAGUUCCAGUGUGUGUUUGAGGGGAUCGCUAAAGCAGGAAACCCAACCCUUCUGAAUCAGAUCUACACAGAGCUCUACAUCACAGAGGGAGGGACUGCAGAGGUCAAUGAUGAACAUGAGGUCAGACAGAUUGAAACAGCAUCCAGGAAACCAGACAGACCAGAAACAACAAUCAAACAAGAAGACAUCUUUAAAGACUCACCCGAAAAACAGGAACUAAUCAGAACAGUGCUGACAAAAGGAGUGGCUGGCAUUGGGAAAACAGUCAUAACACAGAAGUUCAGUCUCAACUGGGCUGAAGACAAAGCCAACCAGGACAUCCAGUUCAUAUUUCCAUUCACUUUUAGAGAGCUGAAUGUGCUAAAACAGAAAAAGUUAAGCUUGGUGGAACUUGUUCAUCACUUUUUUACUGAAACCAAAAAAGCAGGAAUCUGCAGCUUUGAAGACUUCCAGGUUAUGUUCAUCUUUGAUGGUCUCGAUGAGUGUCGCCCUCCCCUGGACUUCCACAACACUGAGAGUGUGACUGAUGUUACAGUGCCCACUGCAGUUAAUGUACUUCUCACAAACCUGAUCAGGGGGAAACUGCUUCCCUAUGCUCAUAUCUGGAUAACCACACGACCUGCAGCAGCUGAUCAGAUCCCCCCUGAGUAUGUUCACAGAGUGACAGAGGUCAGAGGGUUUACUGAUCCACAGAAGGAGGAGUACUUCAAGAAGAGAUUCAAAGAUGAGGAUCAGGCCAGCAGGAUCAUCUCCCACAUCAAGACAUCACGAAGCCUCCACAUCAUGUGCCACAUCCCAGUCUUCUCCUGGAUCACUGCUACAGUUCUGGAGGAUGUGCUGAAAACCAGAGAGGGAGGA